CAGUCUGAACAGAAUACAAAUUUGAACCUUGGUCAAGAAUUUGAUGAGUUGAUUUAUGAUAAUUCAGAAGAUAUAUCUAUGUCUAGUGAAAAUGGAUUUAAUACCGAUAUUGAUUGUAGUUCAGAUAAUGAAAGUGAACUGAUUUCAACUAAUAUAGAUAUCUACCAAAGAUAUUUGAUGGAACAAAAUCUGAUUUGA